ACAUGAGCUUUGUGAACAGUAGCAGCAGCAUGGCACCAGGACAACUUCCUUUGGAGACACGGCCCAGGGCUACCAAAGGAGAGAGAGAGAGAGAGAGAGAGAGAGAGAGAGAGAGAGAGAGAGAGAGAGAGAACUAGAUAAGUGCCCCCCCACACACACACUAUUGCACACACUUUUGUGUGCUCUCAUCUGUGGACAACUCACUUGGGAUUGCUAAAGAUCUGUUGAAUUUAUCUCUUGGCGACUUAUUUUUUUGGGUAAAAGUAAUCCAGAAUUCCCUUGGAAUCUGCGAGGUGUGCCCACUUUUCACAGGUGUAGCCACACUCGAAUCCUCCUUCCUACCUUGCUCAAGGGCGCCUUGACGGACCAGCUCCAACCUGCUGCUAGUUGACCCAGGUGCGACUUUGCAAACUUGAAGCCCACAAAUAUCCUCACGUCUUCAUCGUCAUCAUCCUUGGCAAGAAGGUAAAUUUGUCUGAGUGGUCGCCAACGAGCAAAUAUCAAUGGCAGACUGGAGUCUUCUGGGAAACUUCCUCGAGGAAGUACAGGAACACUCCACCUCCAUUGGGAAGGUGUGGUUGACCAUCCUGUUCAUCUUCCGCAUCCUGGUGCUCGGGACGGCAGCAGAGUCAUCUUGGGGCGACGAGCAGGAGGACUUCAACUGCGAUACAGAGCAGCCCGGCUGUGAGAACGUUUGCUACGACAAAGCCUUCCCCAUCGCUCACAUUCGAUACUGGGUGCUGCAGAUCGUGUUCGUGUCCACGCCCAGUCUAGUGUACAUGGGCCACGCCAUGCACACGGUGCGGCGGGAGGAGAAGCGGCGCAGCCAAGAAGAGGACGAGGGCGAUGAGGAGGAUGGCGACGACGACCCGGGAGGGGGUGACGACGACGAGGAACAAGGCGGCAAAGACGGCAAAGAACCAGGGAAGAGAAAGAAAGCGGGGCCUGCGGGGGGCAGAGUGCGCCUGAAGGGGGCGCUGCUGCAGACCUAUGUUCUGAGUAUCGUCAUCAGGAGCUUCAUGGAGGUGGUGUUUCUGUGCCUGCAAUACUUCCUGUAUGGAAUAUUCCUCAACUCUCUCUAUGUGUGCAAGGCUUGGCCAUGUCCACACCUGGUCAACUGUUACGUGUCGCGGCCCACGGAGAAGAAUGUCUUUAUCGUGUUCAUGUUGGCCGUGUCGGGCGUGUCACUGGUGCUCAGCGUGCUGGAGCUUCAUCAUCUGGCCUGGAGGCACUGCUGCAGAAGGUUGUUGGCCUCCAAGAAGUCGGCGACUAUCACGGAGUCAACUCGAUCCAAACAAGUCAUCCUGACUCCGCCGCCACCGCCGCCAUCCACCCCGCCUCCCGAUUUCAGCCAGUGCGUGAUCAGCUCCUCGCACUUCCUGGCGCUGCCCUUCCCCAACCACCGGCUAGCCCACCAGCAGAACUCGGUCAACAUGGUGACCGAGCAGCAGAAAAUGGCGGCGGGAGUCCACGGCGACGAGAGCCUGCUGCAAAUGAGCUGCUACCCGGACGGCUGGCGCGGCACCGCUGAUGUAGCCGCCUGCUACAACGCCGCCGGUUGCCUGCACAUCCAAAACAUGGGCAGCGUCAAGCGUCCGCUGCUGUGUGCUGCCAACGUGGUCCCAAAAGACAAACGGCGACUCAGCAAAAGCAGCGGCACGAGCGGGCGAACGCGAGCCGACGACCUCGCCAUCUGACAAUGGGGGCCAUUCAGCUCCUGGCUUGAACUUGUGAUGCGCGCACUCAACACUGCGGUCUUCAUUCAGAAGCCUCCAAGGAGCAUUCCGCUCUUUAGACCUGAGCCGCUGGUCAUAAAAAUGGAAACAGAAUAGUGGGAAUCAGGCUAAACAGUUAUUUUUGAACUCUUCAAAGACAAACAAGAUGGGCUGCAUGUGGGUCACCAACAGAGAAGGCCAUGCAAUUGGUACCACCACUUUGACAUCGCAAUAACAGAAACCAAAGCACAAAAUAACUUAGGAUCUUAUUUUUUCAUUUUUUGUUUUUUUUCAGAACGAUACCAGUACAACUAUGCAUUCCCUGUUUCAGUAUUCACUGAUACCCCCUACUGAUAACUCUAAAGUAUUUAUCGUUGGGUGACUAAUUUUAUGCAAUACCCGC